CGGGGACUCGCGGAGGCGUUGGGGAGCGAGGGAGGGCGCGGCCAACUCCCGGAGGGACGGCAGGCCGAGACAGCGGCGCCCGGCUCUGGCGCCGAGCCUGAGCCCGCCGGACGGGAGGCGGCCCAGCCGCGGGCUCGGCCUCGGCCCCAGUCCCGCCAGCAUGGCCGGCCGGACCGUGCGGGCCGAGACCCGGAGCCGGGCCAAGGAUGACAUCAAGAAGGUGAUGGCGACCAUCGAGAAGGUCCGGAGAUGGGAGAAGCGCUGGGUGACUGUGGGCGACACUUCCCUUCGUAUCUUCAAGUGGGUGCCAGUGGUGGACCCCCAGGAGGAGGAGCGACGGAGGGCAGGUGGCGGGGCAGAGAGAUCCCGAGGUCGGGAGCGACGGGGCAGGGGCGCCAGUCCCCGAGGGGGUGGCCCUCUCAUCCUGCUGGAUCUCAAUGAUGAGAACAGUAACCAGAGUUUCCAUUCGGAAGGCUCUCUGCAAAAGGGCACCGAGCCCAGCCCUGGGGGCACCCCCCAGCCCAGCCGCCCUGUGUCACCUGCUGGACCACCAGAAGGGGUCCCAGAGGAUGCUCAGCCCCCACGGCUGGGCCAAGAGAGAGAUCCUGGGGGCAUAACCGCGGGCAGCACUGAUGAACCCCCAAUGCUGACCAAGGAGGAGCCUGUUCCAGAAUUGCUGGAGGCUGAGGAUUCGGGAAUGAGAAUGACCAGAAGAGCCCUCCACGAGAAAGGUCUGAAGACAGAGCCCCUCAGGAGGCUCCUUCCCAGAAGGGGCCUCCGGACAAACGCCCGGCCCGGCUCCGCGGUGCUGCCGGACACCAGAGCUCCCGGGGGAGGAAGCAAGGCCCCGAGGGCACCCAGGACGAUCCCCCAGGGGAAGGGGAGGUGAGCUGGCUCCCCAGGCAAGGCGAGGCCCUUGGGUCUCUCUUGGCCGCCCCAAGAUCCAGCCACCGACCCGUGCCGCGAGGGUGGAAAGAGCCCCCCAACCCUACAGCUACCGCAGGCACUUCGGGGCCGAGCGGCCCUCGCCCGCCUCGAACCUAAGGUCACAGCACCCAUCUUGCUCGCCACGGACCCCCGCACAGUGAGCGGGCCCACCGGCACCCCAAGUGUGCAAAGGGCUUGGGCACACCUCGGACCUCACCCAGCGCCUGAGGACGCUUCGCCGCCAGAGGCCCCGGCCGCACUGGAGUGUGGGGACCGCAGCGGCCACCUCCUCCCGCACCAGCGCGCCCACCCCCGCGUCCGCCGGCCUCCAGCGUCCGGUGACACCCGGCGGCCAGCCCUGCGGCCGCGUCGCCCCCAGGCCCCGCGAGGCCCACGCACGCGCAGAGACCCCGUCCCCCCGCCCCCCCCCAGCCACCGAACCCCCAUCUCCCGCCCCAAGCCCCAUCUCCACCCCUACCCCAACCCCCCCUCCCCCACCUCCACUGCGCCCCCCACCGCCACCCCAGCCCCACCCACGGGAGGCCCACGGAGGCCGGGCCGCGGGCAGGGUUACCUCAAGCACCAGAGGACGCGCUCCAAGAGCUUCUACCGGGUGCCAACCUCACCAGUCCCCUGGGAAACCCCGUGGGACAGAGGCCUUUCUGCCUGGCCCCCGCCCGCCUCACAGCCUGGCCCCGCCGUCCUGGGCUAGUGGGGAGGGCCUGAGGCUUCUGGCAGAGCCCAGAGACCUGGAACAUCCCCGCCUGGAGAAGGCCGGGGACACAUGAGCCCUGUGAGAGGUUCCAAGGGCUUUCACCAAGCUCUUCUUUCCCAAGUCCACUGCUGGGCCUGUCAUAUUAGGAAAUUAUGUCUCCCGUUUACCGAGAGCUUACUCUGUGCCAGGCAUUGCGAUUUACAGCGAUGAUCUCAUUUAAUCCUCACAACAUCCCAGUGACACCAGCGUUCUCAUGAUCGGCGUUUUACAGAUGGAGAAACUAAGUCUCAGAGAGGUUAAGGGACCUGCCCAAAGUCACACAGCCAGUAUGUACGGAAGCAGCACACAGCCCUGGGUCGGCCUGCCUGAUUCCACGGCCCGGCCUGCGGCAGCGGCCCUAUUGCUACAAGAGUUAAAGGCGCAGCUUUGACAGGGCAUCCAAUUACAGAGCAAUUACAUAAAACUGUAUACUAAAAUGAGCAGACACUCUCUGGAAUGAGAUUGCAAUAAAACUUGAGCCUUCACAUAGUUCACAUUGAGACCAAAGCUUCAGGCUCAGCCCAUGGAUCCCUGAAGUAACCUUUUCUCAGACCUCUGCCUUUAGAGGGAUGUUGGCCAAGGAAGCUCUACUCCAGGAUCUGCUCCUGUGCAGAGACUCCCUGGAAGCCAGGAAAGAUGGACUCUCCAUAGUUUGCCAUCCCACUGCGCUGCUUGGGAAGUUCAUCCAGUUCCUGUGGGCUAGGGUAUCCAAUUUCCCAACAGAUACUCAUCUUCAGGAUUUGGAAAUGAGAAAUUGGAAUUCUUGGGAAUUCCUGAAAUCAUACUACUCUGUAUUUUUCAUAACUUUCUGUAUUUUUUAAUAAAUAAGAGUAGUUACAAAGAACUGUAGGCUAUAGCAAAUAUUAAAAAACCAAAAAAUACCAGAGAACAUUAUUGGGUAACAUUUGAGUAACAAAAUGUUUUUUUUUUUUUUAAAGAUUUUAUUUAUUUAUUUGUGAGAGAGAAUGAGAGACAGAGAGCACGAGAGGGAGGAGGGUCAGAGGGAGAAGCAGACUCCCCGCUGAGCAGGGAGCCCGAUGCGGGACUCGAUCCCGGGACUCCAGGAUCAUGACCUGAGCCAAAGGCAGUCGCUUAACCGACUGAGCCACCCAGGCGCCCUGAGUAACAAAAUGUUUAAAUCUUCAACAAGAUAUCUGUACCACACAGCAGUAUGUGUUGAAAUUGCCAAUUUGAGGACUAGUUUUUUUCCAAAAUUUGAUUCUUGUAACAUCAUUCAUAGGAUUUGUGUGAGAUAUAUGAUGCAUGUAAACAGAUUAAUACUCUGUGAAAAUGACUGUUUACAGCAGAUAGGGCCACAGAUCCACUUGUGAUAUGGCAACAGCUAUGAAAAAGAAUGAUUAGACUGUGACCACUUCUCCUUUUUAAACAAAUAUUUAUUUAUUUAAGUAAUCUCUACACCCACCAUGGGGCUCAAACUCAUGAAGCUGAGAUCAAGAGUCACACACUCCUCUGACAGAGCCAGCCAGGCACCCCCACUUCUCUCAUUCUGAUCCAAGUUCCCAACAUGUUUACCUUAAUCUUGGACUCCGUAUAUCAUCAUUUCCUUCUCAUGCUUUCUACUUGAUGUCAGUGAUUCUUUCAUACCAGGAAUGCCUCUAUGUUUAUUGUUAAGCAUGAAUUCUCACGGAGAAUUAUAACACUUUUUCCUAUUUUCCCAAUCUCUUGACUGAUUGGUCUUGGGAUUCAGAAAAACAUCAAUUUCCCAGAAAAUGUCAGGAAGGACUCCCUGCAUAGAAAUACUAUUCUGGGCUGAACAAGAUUGGCAAAGCAAGGCUGCUACAGAAAUAAUUACCUAGUAUCUCAUCAGACCCAGUCACUGAUGCUUCCUGGUUUCAGGGGCCUCAGAGCCAGAAGAUCCAAUUGUGGAUCUCAGCUCUGCCAGUUUCUGGGUGUGAGACUUUGGGCAAGUCACUUUACCUCUCUGAGCUUCCAUUCAAUGGAUAAGAUGGUGCCUGGAAAUAAUAUACUUGUUUUGUGAGGCAAUAUUGUAGAAGGGUUAAUUAAAAGUAUGGCUUUAGAGUCAGAUGGUUUGAGGUUUGAAUCCGUUACUUACUACCUCUUUGAUUUGGGGCAAGUUCUAGCCACUCUGAGCCCCAUUUUUCUCCUCUGUAAAAUGGAAAAGCUGAGCCCACUUCAUAGGAUUUGGGUGAGUUUAAAUGAGAUCACGUAUGAAAAUGCUUCACACAGAGCAUGGUACAGUGUAAAUGCUUGAUAAACGAGGACCAGAGUAGUUAUUACCUGCUGUAUCUACCUCACAGGGCCGUUGUGAGGACAAAAGGGAGGUUAUGUUGUGGAGUUGCUUUCUAAGCUGUGAAGUGGUGUCCACGUUCUUCCCUUUCCUUCAGAGAUGGGAUGGUCAGAAGCUACUGACAGAUAUUAGAGCUAUCUCCAAGUAAGAGGCCUGGGGCUACUUCCUGAUAUCCACGGAAGGUAGCUGUAUGGGGGAGAGGUGUCACCAUGGUUACCUGAAAAACAGGGUUUAGUUGCAAUCAAGUGGGCAAACUCUGGCAUCAUCUGAAUUGGGGCACACUUGGGGGGUUGGCGGGGGGAGAUGAUUUUCAGAAAGAGGCUUUGGAGAAAGGACUGUGUUAAAUGGAGCCUGCCCACUAUAGGUUUGUUUAAUAGGGAUUGGAUCAGGGGAAGGGGAUGUGGAAAAGAAGGUGGCGAGGGGGCUCUUUGACUAUUGUCUGAAGCCCUGUCCUUGACUAAACCCAGGAAACGAUCCUAUUAGCUGGAACCAGUGCAUCCUGCCCCUGCUGUGCGUGACCUAUGAUGUUCAUUCAUCCCGAGACAGUAGACCAAACAUGGAUCAAAGGGCUUUCCAGAGAUGAGCUUCUGUAAUCCGGACAGCAGACCUGUAAAGAGAAUACUAGCACUACUCCCAUUUUGCAGAUGGGGGCUCGGGGUCUGGGAAAGUUAAGUCCAUUGCCCAAGGUCACACAGCCUAUUUGUAGUUGAGUCAAGAUUCUUCUUGUCUUGAGACAAGAGUCCAAGCCCUUAGUCCCCACCAGGCCACCUCAGCUCAUGAGAUGCCAGGUGCUGAGCUUGAACAAGGAAAAAGGAAACACAAAUGUAUGGAGUUUGGCGCCUAACUGGUUCCUCACUUGUCUUCUGUGACAACUCUCUCUCUCUCCCGAUAUUACUCCUACUUUUCUGGACACAGUUUCUUCGCUUCCAGAGACAUUUUUCUCUGCGUAGCCCUGAAGUCUGGGUCCUCCCGGCCCCAUUCCUUGGACUCUUUUCUCUUUCUUUUGCACAUACAAGUCUGUGAGGGAUCUUCCUGUUGCCCACAGCUUCGGCUACUGGUCAUCUCUUUAAUCCAAACUGCCCCUCCAAGCACCAGCAUGAUCCAGCCAACUGCCUCCUCGACAUCCCCAUCUGAGGUUCCAGGCUCUCAGCUGAAUUCAUCAUCUCUCCCUUAGCAUAAGUCUCCCUCCGAGUUCCCCUUCUUCCUUACCAUGGCCUCUUAGUUUCAAGUACUGGUGUAGCGAUAGGGAAUCCAAGAAGCCUGCACAGACAGCCUCAUGAGUCUGUUCCUGCAGCUAGACGUGGACUGUAGGGUGUGUUCUCUGAGAGCUGCCAACAAUUUAGGGGUGCACUUGGAGGGUGGAAUUCAUCAUUUAAUCUGCUGUGUCCUAAGUGCCCAGCAGUGUGUCAGGUCCAGGAGCAGGGGUGGAGGAUACAUUCAGGGGUGAAACAGAUGGGAUCCCUGGCUUUAGGGAGCUUUCAGGCUACUAGAGAAGAUGGACAUUAGGAAUCCUCCCAAAAUACGAAAUCUUACAAACUGUGAUAAGUAUCAUGAAGGAAAAGUUCAGGGAGCUACGAAAGAAUAUAAUAGGUCUGUAUUAGGUUGGAGUGGGGGUCAAAGGCCAUUUUGAGAAAUGGUAAUUACUAUAUCCCUGAGAACUGAGUUGGGGGGAAGAGAAUUCCAUAUAGAGGCAAUAGUAGGUGUGUGUAUGAAGACCCAGACGUGUGUUGGGGAAACUGAAAGGCAGCCACGUCAAUGGAGCUGAGUAUGCUGGCCAUGAUGACUGGUCAAGAUAAGACUGGACAGUCUGGCUGGGGGUGGUGCCUGGUGCCUUGUGGGCCAUGGUAAGGAGCCUAGAUUUUUUGGUUUGACUUUUUAUUUGGAAAUAAUUUCAAAGUUACAGAAAAGUGAAUAGUACAAUGGACAUCUGUCUGUCCUUUAUCCCAAAUUCAUCUGUUAAAAUUACUAAUUCUUUAUAUGAAGGGUUACAGGUGACUUAUUCUGAACUAUUGGAGAAUAAGUUGCAUAGAUCACAUUCUUUUACCCCUAAACAGUUACAAUGUAUACAAAAACAAGUAUCCAUUUCACUAAAUUUAACAUUAAUGCAACACAGUAUCUCAUUUACCACCCAUUUUGUCAAUCACCUCAAUAAUGUCCUUUACAUAGCAUUUUUCCUCUAGUCCAGGAUCCAGUCUAGAAAUGAAGUGAUGCAUUCCACUGUCAUUUCUGUUUAGUCUCCUUUAAUCUGGAAUAGUUGGCUUUGUCUUUUAUGACAUUGACAUGAUGGAAAAAUUCAGUUUUCCCCAUUAAGAGAAUAUUUCUCAUUUUGGGGUCUGUCCUCUGUUUCUUCAUCACACAUCCCCGCUGGAAGAUGACAUGUUAUUGUGUCUUUCUCACUGAGGCAACAAAAGGCACACACUGCCUAUCUCCUCCUUCUUAGUGAUUUAAAUAUUGUCUGAUUAAUCUAUAGUUACUGUUUUUCCCUUGUCACUGAUAAGCAAUCAGGGAGAUAGUUAUAGCCAUGCAGAUAUCCUAUUCCAGAGAUUACUAAGUAGAUGAAAUUUAUCAUCCAUCAAGUCUUCUUGCCUAAAGCAAAUCAGUGUCAGGAGGGUUAGAGAAUGACUCUAGCUCUCUCUCCCCUUGACAUUCUUCUGCUGAUUUAUUUAUAUAUUUAUUAUUAGCAGGGACUUUUGGGUUUCUAUUUUCCAAUAAUUUUAGUUAUUAACCUUAAUUAUUUUGGUGCUCAAAUUAUCCCAGAUAUGGCCAGGGGGAGCCCCUUAAAACUAGACCUGGAUUCUAUCCCAGCUUCACUGGACCGGCAUGGUUCAAUUUGCGUAUUAGACACUGUGUAUGAGAAUGCAUUGUACGGGCACAGAGGAGGAAGUAGGGAGACCUGGCAGGUGGCCCUUGUGUAGUCCAGGCGGGAGAUGUGGCUUAGACCAGGGAAUUAAUUUGGAUGUUCAAGAAAAUUUAGCGAUACAAUCAGCAGGAACUCGUGGUUCAGGAAAUGUGCAAGCAAUCAGAGAGGGAUCGACCGGAGUAGCUGGGUGGAUGGUGGAGAUAUUUACUGAUAUGGGGGAAGACAAGCAGAGUAAGGCGGUCAGGAGGGAUGGGUAUUUUAGACAGUUGAGUUUGAGAUGUCUUUGACAUCCAGGUGAAGAUGUCAAGUAGUAAUUAGAUAUGUUUUGUUCUGGAGAGAAGUUCAGACCAAAAAAAAAUUUAGGAGUUGUCACAUAUGGAUGAUUUUUGAGUCCAUGGUCCUGGAUGAAAUGCUGUAAGGGGAGAAUAUGUAGUGAGGAAUGAGAGGGGCCAGACUGGGAAUCCUAAGGGAGUUCACUGUUUGGGGGCAUGCGUGUGUGUGGCAGGAGAUGGCAAAGGGGAGAUGGGGGGCCAGGUCAUGGAGCCUGCAAUGUCAGGCCAAAUCCUGAGGGCUAUGGGGAACCACUGAAGGGUUCUGAGUAGGGGAGUGAAUGCCAGGGUAUGAUCUGAGUUUUAGAAAGAUUGUUCUGACAGCCAAGUAAGGAUGAUCUGGAGAGUCAUGGAAGUGGCUAAUGCUAUGGUUCUUUCUAAAGUAAAUCUGCUAUCCUCUUGCCACUGGAGAUUGCUCAGAUGGAUCCGUGUGUCUGGGAUGCCCUCUCCUUAUUCACCUGGGCACAAAAAAGAUGAUCAACAGAUCUGCCUUGGCUGCACUUAUCGGCCUCCGGAAUGAGAGCAGCCCCCAUCUCCCUGCCUCAUUUUAGCUGGAGGGCACAGCUUGCUUCUGGAACUUUUUCUUAGCCAGGUGCAUUGUAGGUGGGAGUGUGCACGAUCUGGUCCCUGAGAUUUGUGGGAGUCUGGCUACUGUGAUCCUCUGCCCUCUCAUGCUUUGAGUUCAGUGUGGGCUCUGCCAGCCAGGCAACUGCCCAUUCAAAGUAUGUUGUCCCCUCUGCACCCCUGCACGUGCUAAGGAAAAUGGGUUGAGUCUGGAUAAACAUUCUAGUGCAUCCUUCAUUUACCAGGGGUGGUGCUGUGCAGGAGGCCCGCAAUCCUGUCUAGAGCAUGUCGACAGCCCAUUGGAGACACAAAUAAGCAAAGGCAGAAUUUUGAGAGACCACAGGGAGGGCCAGAUGUUCUGGAAGCCCAAGAAAGCAAGAUUGUUACUAGUUGGAGAAAUGAGGGAAGGUUCCCUGGACAAGGUGGCAUUUGAACCGGGCCUUGAGGACAGAGAGGACUAUUUUCCAUUUCACAAAGGAAAUAUUUGAUUAUUCAAGCAGAAAAGAAAAAUAAGGAAAAAAAUCAAGGCCCCCCCCUCACAUUUUAUUGACAUUGUCCACACAAUCGUUGUUGGUUAUGUGAAUAUCCCAUUAGGCGGCUGCUUUAUAUAGUUAGCCCUCUUACUGUUAGAAUAAUUCAUUUCCAGGCCUCAAGACAUUGGCUUAGAGCCUGUGGCUGGGCAGUGGGGAUAGAAGCAACCCCGGGACCAAACGCAACUCAGGAAUCAGUGCUUGAGCCCAUCCACUCAUUCCUUCCAUUCAGCAAACGUUUAUUAAGGACUCACCUCUCCCAGGCCCUGAGGAUACACUGAUGAUCAGGACAUACUUCCUGUCUAGGAACUCAAGUCUAAUAGAACGGGAACCACGGGUGGAGAUAAUUUACUGUAAAGCACGUGAAGAUGCCCCAGACAGGCGCAUUGCGUGCAAGAUGCGGUGCUGACACGGAGACUAGCUGGGGGCACGGAGGCCUUGGCGGUAGAGGAGCGCAUGCGCAGUGAGAAGGGGGAGGCUUGAGGACACCUGUCAGAGGACCAAGUUCCCGCGGACCACCGCAGCAUACCUCUGUCCACAGGCUGGAAGGCACAUCUCUCCUACUCUUAUGGGUGUUUGCUUUUUUCUGUUUUCUGUUUUAAAUAUUUCCUUUCUCCUACUUUUAUGGGGGGGGCUAUUUUUUUCUUUCUUUUUUAAUAUUUUAUUUAUUUGAGAGAGAGAGAGCGAGCCAGAGAGAGAGCACAAAUGGAGGGGAGUGGCAGAGGGAGAAGUAGACUCCCUGCUGAGCAGGGAGCCCGAUGCGGGGCUCGAUCCCAGGACCCUGGGAUCAUGACCUGAGCCGAAGGCAGACGCUUAACCGACUGAGCCACCCAGGCGCCCUGGGGCGGGGGUGGGGGGGCUAUUUUUAUGCUCUUUUCCAAAAUCUCAACUUCUGUGCUUCAUUCAUUCAUUUUAUUUUUCUCUUUUUGACUCUAAAAGCAUUUAAGGCUGUUACUUUUACCUCUGCAGAUAGUUUUGACUGUAUCCUAUUUUUAAAAUUAUUUUCUAAAUAGUUUGUUUUUUACUUCUGAUUUACCUCUGUCCUAAGAGUAAUUUGAUAUGCUAUUCACGUUUUUCCAUUUCGAAGUGGCAUGUUUUAUAUUACUGUUAGCUGUAUUGCAUUUGAUCAGAGACUGACUUUUAGAAUUUCCACUUUUCAAAAUUUACCAAAAUGUUCUCUGUAGCUUAAUAUUUGUUGAAUUUUGUCACUGUCCAUGGAACUUGAAUAGAAGGUACACUAUUUGUUUUCAGGUUAAAAAAAUUUGUGUGGUCAUAUCUUCUAUGUCCUUAUUUAUUUUUUGAUUACUUGUUCAGAAUAUGUGUUAGAAUAUUUCCAAUAAAACCGUUUUUCAUGUUU